AUGUCGGAUGGAGUGGAUACACAUAUCUUACGUCACUAUGAAAUUCAAAAACGUCUUGGAAAAGGAGCUUAUGGUAUCGUAUGGAAAGCAACUGAUAAACGAACUAAAGAAAUUGUUGCAUUAAAAAAAAUUUUUGAUGCAUUUCGUAAUCAAACUGAUGCACAAAGAACAUAUCGUGAAAUAGUUUUUUUACGUGAAUUUGGUGAACAUCCAAAUGUAAUUCGUUUACAAAAUGUUUUACGAGCUGAUAAUGAUCGAGAUAUUUAUCUUAUUUUUGAAUUUAUGGAGGCUGAUCUUCAUAAUGUUAUACGUAAAGGAAAUAUUCUUAAAGAUACACAUAAACGUUAUGUUAUGUAUCAAUUAUUAAAAGCAAUGAAAUAUCUUCAUUCUGCAAAUGUUAUUCAUCGUGAUAUGAAACCAUCAAAUGUUUUAAUUAAUCAACAAUGUCGUGUUAAAAUAUGUGAUUUUGGUCUUGCUAGAUCAUUAAAUCACGUUUAUGAAGAUCCACAACAUCCAGCUUUGACAGAAUAUGUUGCAACAAGAUGGUAUCGUGCACCAGAAAUAUUACUUGCUUCAUCCAAAUAUACAAAAGGUGUUGAUAUGUGGUCAAUUGGUUGUAUUCUUGGAGAAGUGUUACUUGGAAAACCACUUUUUCAAGGAACAUCAACAUUCAAUCAAUUAGAACGUAUUCUACAACAUAUUCCAACACCAAGUCAAUCAGAUAUUGCUAGUAUUGGAUCACAUUAUGGACCAAGUGUAUUAGAACGAGCAUCAUCUGGACAAAAAAAAUCACUUGAACAUUUUAUUCCUAAUGCUAGUGAAGAAGCUCUGGAUUUACUUCGUCGUCUUCUUCAUUUUAAUCCUGAUAAAAGAAUUACAGCUGAAGAUGGACUUCGUCAUCCGUUUGUUGUUUCAUUUCAUAAUCCAAAUGAAGAAAUUAUCAAAGGUUAUGAUGUUGUACCUCAAUUAAGUGAUGAUAUACAAUUAACUGUUGAUGAAUAUCGAAAAAAAUUAUACGAAUUAAUUCAAUUACGUAAAGUUUCAGCAAAAAUGAAUACAAAUAUGUCUUCCUCAAAUUCUGAUGUUCCACCUCCUCCACGAUCACGUGAUAAUUCAAUCGAUCAACAACAACAACGUUAUGGUGCAAGUGCUUAUAUUGAUCAAUCUGAAUAUGAUGCUUAUAAACAACCAACAAUAAAUUCAUCAUCUCAAAUAAUAAAAAAUGAUGGAGGAAAUCGAGGAAUUUAUUCAAAUUAUACAACUGAACAUAAAAAUCGAUAUGUUGAAGAUACAAGAGAUGAUGAUUAUCCAACAGCAGUAACAACAAAUGAUUAUUCAACUGGACAACAACAAUUUAGUAAAAAUCCUUCAACAACCUCUUAUUCUGGACUUCUUGGUCGAUCAAAUAGUUAUAAUGGUUUACAUUCAACACAAGGACAGCCACGAAUAAUAAGUGGUAAACAACGAAAUAUAUCCAGUUCAUCUUUACUUUAUCAAAAACCUAAUAAUGGAAAUUUAAUGCGUGAAAAAACAAGUGCAAAUCGUGGUUUUCGUUCAGGUUCAGCUCCAACACCAACACCACCACCAACUAAACAAACAAAUGGUGGAAAUAACAAUACUAGUAAUAAUUAUUAUAUUCGGCGUCCAACUGUUAUAUUUAAUGAUGAACGUGGCGGUCCAAGUGAUAAAAGUAGUGGAGCACAAGCAAGAGUUAAUAAUAAAUUUACAUCAAAUCUUCGACCUACUUCUGCAGCUGAUAAUCGAACUAAAGCACGAUUUCAAUCAGCAUCACCAAUGAAUUAUAAUCAACAACAGCCAACUACUGGACCACCAUCAUCAUUUGGCGGUUAUGUUGGACAAUAUCAACAACAACAACAACAGCGUCGUCCAACAUAUGGAAAUUAUUCUAAUACAACAACAUCGACUUUUGCACGUGAUAGUCUUGGUGGUUAUAGCCAAAAUAUGGGUACACUUACUCAAAAUGGACUUCGUGUUCUUGAUGGACUUCUUCAUAAUACAACAUAA